GAUGCUGCUGCUGUGGCGCCGCCAAAGGUGAACGGUAAUAAGUGCGAAAAGAAAGAAAGCAGAAUGAUCAAGCGCCAGCAAACCGAGCAAAAGAACCCGAGGCGUAUCUCUCUUUUUCUCGUUUGCGCGAAAACGUUGAGAAGUCGCGGAGUCGCGAAGAGUUGUUACCGGGAUUUUAUUUCCGUUUUGUUUGUUUUAUUGCUUAUAGCGUCUCUCAUUCUCUCUUUCCAUCUCCAUCGUCACCUCUCCCCUGAACAGCACUCCGAUCUCCGUGGAUAUCUGGACAGUCGCGAACGAUGUCCCAAUUCACGUCUGAAUGGCUCGUGAAACUGGCGUUUCUACUGCUGGCGGUGAUCGUAGUUACGAUCGAUGGUGCACCAUCGACCAUCACAGCACACCAUGCCCGCAAUCCGGAUGUGAGGCCAGCUAGGAAACGGAACGUAGACGAUGUGAUCGCCGCCUCGGGCAGUUCCAACGAUAAGCCAUCGCUGACCACGUACGAUCAACGACAGAAUGGCAAAUACAACAUUCACGUCAACAUUAAGGACGUGAAAAUAAUUGCCGUCGAUGGCGAAAACCUGGAGGGCAAUCUGGGGGAUGAUACCGACUACGACUAUGGAGAUUAUGACUACGAUCCAGCGCACCUGACCGUCAGUCCGUUGCCGAUCUUUGGAUCUGGUUCCGUUUCCAUUACUAAACCACCGAAAUCGACCACGAAGGCACCGGGCCCGGCCAGCACGACCCCGACUCCGUCCUCGACUACGAGGAAACCCAUGGAAUCGGUGACCAUGGUGAGCAGCGAGUCCGUUACCCUACCGCCGAAGGAACCGGUCAAAACGCCGCUCAAACCAACCGAAAGUUCCACGAGUGCGCCAGAACCAAUUACAACCGAAGCGCUGGUAGUUAGCGGUGGCAGCACGACGCACGAGCUUCCGUCGAGCAACAUUAUCGUAAUCAAGCCAACUCCUGCCCCGGUCCAGUACGACUACCAGGAGAUUCCGGUGCAGGUGAUCAUGGAUCCUAUUCUGCGACCGGGAGCCAAGUAUCGCAGCAGCAGCCAGCACGUGCCAGCAUCGGCAUCUCGGCGUCAUUACGAGGCACAACCUUCGAUUAGGCGAUCGAUCAACUGCCACGAGGGAGAGUAUCGUGAUCGGGAAGGAAACUGUCGGGCACGUCGAUCGGGCAUCCUCAAACUGUUCCGUCUUCUAUCAUCCUUGAAGGAGAAAAAUGACUGAAGCGCAUGGGCGCUGCGUGCCUUGAUAACUGGAAAUUCUCGUCUACGCACCCCCAUCCCAAGCAUGGUUGCGUGCGAAGAAGGGUUUUUUAAUUUAUCGACCAGUCUACGGAUCUCGCGGCCGAUCCAUAGCUUCAUGCUUAUUUAUAUGAUAUCUUCCAAAUAUAACCCAUUCU